AUUCCUCUAUUUUUCUGUCUCUUUUAUCGAAAUAUAGGUUUAGGGUUUCGUGAAUCGAUUGAGUGAUCUACCAUGGCUUCCUCAAAGAUGAUCGUGUUGAAGAGCUCCGACGGCGAGACUUUCGAGGUGGACGAAGCGGUUGCUUUGGAAUCUCAGACGAUCAAGCAUAUGAUUGAAGAUGAUUGCGCCGACACCAGCAUCCCUCUGCCUAAUGUUACCAGCAAGAUCUUGGCUAAGGUUAUUGAGUACUGCAAACGCCAUGUUGAUGCUUCUAAAACUGAGGAUAAGGCAUCUGAAGAUGAGCUCAAAACCUUUGAUGCUGAUUUUGUCAAAGUUGAUCAGGGCACCCUCUUCGAUCUGAUCCUGGCUGCCAACUACUUGAACAUCAAGAGCUUGCUUGAUCUCACUUGCCAGACCGUGGCAGACAUGAUUAAAGGGAAAACACCAGAGGAGAUCCGGAAGACCUUUAACAUCAAGAAUGACUUCACUCCUGAGGAAGAAGAGGAGGUUAGGAGGGAGAAUGCUUGGGCAUUUGAGUGAAUCUGCAUUGGAGGAUAAAUUUGGAUUAUAUUUUCUAUAAGAUCGUCUGAACAAUCUUGUGUGAGUAAAUAUUUAGUAUGCUAUUUCUGCUUUUGCGCUGUUGGCUUUGUCCUAACUAAGUGACUUGAACCUCCUUUUGCUAUUGUUAUGUCUGGGUUUAAUGUUAUGAAGUCUUAAGUGCUUAUCCUUUUUGUUGA